AUGAGCGCGGCCCUGACGAAUCCAUCGUCACUUGACACGGUCGACUAUGACCCCAUAGACCACCUCAACCUACUUUUUGCGAACCCGGCCUCAGUAUCGUCUCUCAACCGCGUAUCCCAGACGCUCCAAUCGCGGCAGAAUGAAUUGGACGACGAAAUCAGUGCCCUCGAGUCGGCGCAGGCCUACAAACCCAACUCGAGCCUAGAACGCAUGCAGUCAGCUCAGACGGAGCUGGCGCAGCUCUUUCGCAAGAUUGAAACCGUGCGGUCCCGCGCCAUCGAGACGGAAGAAAAUAUAACAUCCAUGACGGCCGACAUAAAGCGGCUCGACGGGACGAAGAAGAACCUCACGCUUAGUAUGACGGCCUUGAAGCGUCUACAGAUGCUGACAACUGCCUACGAGCAACUGCGCGGGCUUGCCAAGACGCGGCAGUACCGUGAUUGCGCAGGCCUGCUGCAAGCGGUGCUACAGCUCAUGAAGCACUUCAAUAGCUAUCGCAGCAUUGAGCAAAUUGCCACGCUGAGUCGCGAGGUUUCGGAGCUCCAGCGCGAACUGCUGGAACAGGUGUGCGAAGAUUUUGAAAUGGCAUUUGCCAAGGGCGAGGUCUCUGCUAAGCGCGGCAUGCUUAUUGAAGCAUGCUUUGUCAUGGACGCUCUUGGAGACUCGGCAAAAUCGAGGUUGAUAACGUGGUACGUCAACACGGAGCUGCGUGAAUACCGCCAGGUGUUUCGCGGCAACGACGAGGCUGGCAGCCUGGACAACAUCGGUCGCCGGUACGCUUGGUUCAAGCGUACAAUGAAGACGCAUGAAGAUGAGCAUGCGGUCAUUUUCCCGGCGCAUUGGCACGUCAGUGAGGUUUUGGCAACGACAUUCUGCGACGGCACCAGGGACGACUUCAAGGGCAUCCUGGAGCGCAGCAUGCGUCGUACAGACGGAGCAAAGGUCGAUGUGAAUCUGCUCUUGUCUUGUCUGCAGGAGACGCUUGACUUUGAGCAGAGCCUCGAAAAGCGCUUUUCGAAUGAGCCACGAGCGAGCAUCGACACACUGAGUUCUGUCGAGGGAAAGACGUAUGCUUUCAACGGCCUUAUUUCGGUUGCCUUUGAGCCAUACCUCAGCUUAUGGGUCGACUCACAAGACAAGCAGCUGGCCACCAUGAUGCCCAAAUACAGAAACCAACCUCUAAUACCAUCAGACGACGAAUUCUCCCCACAAGCGGUGGUGCAGUCCGCCAUUGAACUAUUUCACUUCUAUAAGCUCACUCUAUCACAAUGCGCAAAGCUGUCGACCGCUGAACGGCUGCUGGAUCUAUCAAAAAUACUGGCAAGAUAUCUCGACGAGUAUGCGCAGCAAGUUCUACUACAUAAACUACAAGCCCCUGGCCAGGCGAUGCCGACGAUGCAGGACUGCAUUCUGGUGCUGAAUACAGCCGACUUUUGGCACGCCAACACGAACCAGCUGGAAGAAAGUAUAAAAAAGCGCAUAGACCCCGAGUUGGUCGGCAAGGUCGAUCUGUCAUCGCAGUCAGACGCCUUUCUCGGUGUUGCUAGCGCGUCAGUCUUGGCCCUGGUGCAGAUUGUAGAGCAGCAUUGCGAAGGCGUCUGGCGCGAGAUGAAGAAUACAAACUGGAGCACAAUGGAGACUGCGGGUGAUCAGAGCUCAUAUGUUGGCGAGCUAGUGAAGCACGUCAACGACAAGGCGGAUGAGAUCCUGGCCAUGGUUGGCAAGCAACAGUAUGCCAGAGCCUUUUGUGAUAAUCUUGUCGAGCACUUGGCAACAAGCUACAUCAACAACAUUGUGCAGUGCCGGCCGAUAUCAGAAACCGGUGCUCAGCAGAUGCUUGUGGACAAAUAUGCGCUCACAAAGUCUUUUGGUACACUGAUUUUACAUCAUAAUCCAUCUCCGACACCCCAACCUCCUCCCGCUGGCUUCGUUAGGAGAGUAGAGCAGUCCAUGGGCCGCAUAGAUCCAUUACUCAAGACGCUGCAAAUCCGGCCCUCACCGCCCGAGGGACUCGUGCAAGCUUACCUCAUUCAUAUCGGCGACAAGUCGGACACCAACUUUCGAAAGAUUUUGGAACUCAAGGGCGUGCGCAAGCAAGACUAUGCGCACUUGAUUGAGCUCUUUGGCAUUCACCGCGAAGGCAACGCAAACGACAAGCUAGUACAAAACUCGCCACUGCUGACACCGCUGAUGAACGCAACGUCGAGCCUUGCCAGUACCACGGCUGUCGGGGGCACCAUCAACGCAGCUGCGGCGCUUACCGGAGCUGCGACCGGGGCGCGGGGCUUUGACGCCGGCUCGCUGGGUGAAAAGCUACUGAGCGCGGCCCGAGACAUUGGCACGGCGAGCACGGCAAUGCCGAGCGGCUCGGAAAAGGCAACGAUUAACGAGAACCUACGAAAUUUCGGCAAGUUUUUCAGGCGAGACAUUGGUGGGCUGGGCGCCAGGUUCGGAAAACGGGACGGCAGCCUCGGGGCCGAGGGAGAACAGCGAUGA